AUGGUUCGUGCAUGGGGUAGAGUUUAUAUAUGGUUUAUGGGCAUUCCCGCGCGUGAAAUAAGAUUGGUGGAAGACUGUACUAUUUCGCUGCGCGUCAUGGCAGUGCUUUUGAUUCCAAUGCAGAUGAUGUCGUACAUUUUUCUUGAAACCCGAGUCUUAUGCAGACAUAGAGAGAUUGCAGAGCCUGUGGGUUUUCCAGGUGUUAAGUUCAUGGAACUGGUGCCAAUACUGGACUUACUGUUUGUCCUGGUGGAUGACAAUCAUUUGGUUCUGGGCAGGUCUGCCACGCCCGUGCAUCCUUGUAGAAACCAAGUCUUUGCAUUUUACUGGUAUAAUUUCAAGGCGUUUUCAAGAUGA